AAUGCAAAUAAGAUAAAUAAUUGUCGAAAGAGGGAUUUUAUUUGUCAGUGAUUGAAAUCGAAACUUAGGCAAAUGUUGGAGCAGUCGUCAGGCUCUAACAAGCGGAAAGCAGGUUGCGCAAAAAGAAGGCCACUAAUAGAGAAAGAACGCUUUCUACAGCUACAGGUAAAGCCCGCCCCUGGGUGAGUCUAACGGCAAAGAAAAACAAAAAGCAGGUUUCAUCGAUCGGGACACAAACGCGAAGCAUUUCGGCGCGGAAAGAAGAGGAACAAUAACAAGAAAUAAAUAAAAAGCAGAAAGUUUGAGAGAAGGUGGGGAGACGGGAGAAGAAGAAUGCAACGAAGGACACAAGGCUUCGACGACCAAGUGGCAAGAUGCAGCCAGUUAUUCUUCAUCACGUUCUUUUCGCUUUACUGAUAAUAGCUGUUACUACAUCAAUUGACGGAAAAUUGCAUCCUGUUAAACUUCGCACGGCACGAAAUCGCUCUAUGCUGAGACGGAUUGCCAUCUUUCGUGAGGAAAAAUCUAAAAUUUGCUACGAUUUACUUGGUUGCUUUGCGGAUCAGCCGCAGCAUUUAUCGAUAAAAAAACCUCCUGAACAUCCUAGUAUAAUUCAAACCAGAUUCUUUCUCUAUACACACGCGGACCGACCAAAUCCAGAGCUAUUACAGUACGGUGAUAAUUUGAGAUCCAUUGUACAUUCCCGAUUCAAUGUCACUAAGCAUCUCAAAGUGCUGAUACACGGUUUCAAGGGCAGUGGCAAUGAUAUCAGCCUCAUACUCGGUGUUAAUCUGCUUCUCGAUAUAGAAGACGCAAACAUCGUCGUCUUAGAUUGGACGAAAGGAGCAGGCACCACUUAUGCAGCUGCGGUAGCAAAUAGCGAAUUAGUCGGUCGACAAUUGGCUUUGAUCCUUUUGGACACUAUUAAUUUGGGGAUCGAUCCCACCAACAUCCAUGUGAUCGGCUUUAGUUUGGGCGCACACGUGGCUGGUUGCGCUUCGGAGGUAUUGAAAAGAAAGAAUUUGCUUUUAGGUCGCAUAACAGGUCUCGACCCGGCGUCACCAUUCUUCAGGCGUCACCUGUUCCGAGAGAAGUCGAGAAAAUUGGAUGCCACUGACGCUCAUCUCGUUGAUGUCAUUCACACCGACGGUUCUCAAGAUUUCGCGGAUGGUUUUGGCUUACUUAAGCCGAUCGGACAUAUCGAUUUCUUUCCCAACGGCGGCAGAGAGCAACCCGGUUGUACCGAUGUUAAGAAUUCGGUGGUAGUGAGCCAUAUAAAAGAAGAGUUAUUGGAUCGGAAUAUAGCAUGUAGCCAUUUAAGAGCUUGGCAGCUCUUUGUAGAGAGCAUCCGCUCACAGAAUGAAAAGUGUAAAUUCAUCGCAUGGCCCUGUCCACAAGGAGGAUUAUCUUUUACAAAGGGAAUGUGUUUCCCUAUGGAAUCGUCCGAUUGGAAUCAAGAAAUGGGUUACGCGGCUAAUCGUGGAUCAUUGGGAAUCUAUUAUCUAUCAACUAGAGCCGAAAAGCCGUUUUGCGGUCAACCACUCAGAGCAUCAGUGACGAUGUCCGAAGGUAUGCCACAAGUAUCUGGUAUUUUAUUUUUCAAAAUUUUUCUCGGUAAUUCUACAACAUUGUUUAAGAUUCAAUGCAACUUGUCGAAACAAAAAAACCAACGGAUGACGUUUUAUAAUAUCGCGGCGGCGGAAUUCGGCACUUUAUUCGAAGAUAUUCCAACAAUCACCGGCAUCGUCUCGUAUCAACGUAAUGGUAAUAAAACAGAGGGAGAUAAUACACCAAAUCCAGAGACGGACGUAAUAUUUUUCGAUAAACUUACCCUCGAAGAUCGCAAAGGUCAUAGAUGGGAAUUUUGCAGAACGAAUACCGCGAUUAAUUCGUACGAGAUGAAUGAAAUAUUUUACGUUGAAUUGAAAAAUGGACCCUGUACACCAUUAUAAUGUUAUUUUGAUGUGACAAUUUUUUAUUCGAAUAAACGAGAUAUCCGCAAACAUA